AUGGCUUCAGUUUAUGAUCCGGCAGAUGGGUUUAUCUACAAUAGUUCUGACUUAUUUAUGAUGAAUUACACAUCACCAAUAUGGGACAGGCGGAAUGUGUUGGCAGCAACUUUCAUCGGCGUUCUGGCAGUCAUCGGAAUUGUUGGGAACUCACUGGUAGUGUACAUCGUACUUAGACGUCGUGACAUGCACACAGUUACUAAUAUGUAUAUUAUGAAUCUUGCUAAGGCAGACAUAUGCUUCUUAUUAGUGUGUGCUAUACCGGCAGCUUCUCAACUGGCUAAUGGAGGAGUUUGGCAUUUCGGCGAAUUCAUGUGCCGUUUUACAGUAUACAUACAAAGCGUUGCCGUGCAAGCCGCGUGUGGGACACUGGUGAUCAUGACUCUUGAUCGCUAUUUUGUCAUCUCCAAUCCGUUGAGGUCGAGGGCAAGAAGGACUAAGAGAUCUGUAGUAACAAACAUUGGAUGCAUUUGGUUAGCUUCGUUCGUGAUGCACAUACCAAUAGCUGUGUACACAGAAGUUCUAAUCGACCCUUACUACUUAACUCCAGUGCCGACAUUUGUGUAUUUCAUGUACAGAACUGAUUAA